AUGGCUUUGAACACUACCAAGCUUUUUGCCACAAUUCUUGUUGUGUCACUCCUUUCAACACCUUUAUUAACCAAUGCAUGUGGAUCAUGCAAGACACCAACUCCGCCACCACCAAAAGCAAAAUGCCCCAAAGACACAUUGAAAUUAGGGGUUUGUGCUGAUGUCUUAGGACUUGUUAACGUUAUUGUUGGUUCCCCAGCUUCAAGCAAGUGUUGUGCAUUGCUUCAAGGCUUGGUUGAUUUGGAAGCAGCACUUUGUUUGUGCACCGCUAUUAAGGCCAAUGUUCUUGGCAUCAACUUAGAUAUCCCUCUCACUCUCAGCUUGCUCCUCAGUGCUUGUCAAAAAUCACUUCCUUCUGGCUUCCAAUGUUGA